CGGGUUUGCUUGACUCUCCGGACCUCGGAUCUCGCGGCGUUUGCUUACCUUGCCUCUUGUGCCUGUUCCUGAUCCUCUCCACAACAAUCACCUACAUUCAUUCGUGGCAUGGAGUGACAACAAUCAAGAUUUCCCUCAUUUGACCUCUAAAACUAAAACUUUGUUCUCCGCUCAUUGGUACCUCCAUUCCUUUCCUGCACCCACAUCUGCACGCACUCCACAUCUGGACGUGCAUUUACGUGCGCCUGCUUCGCCCCGCCUACAUUACCUACAUACCCGGCUUGCCGGGCAGACACCUUGGGACCCCGAGUCUUUAUACUGCUGUCGCUGAUCCAGAAACCGAACCAGAAAAUCCGACUGAGCCCAUCCAUGUCAUCGCUGGAGGGGAUGUGCCGUAAACAUCCGACUCAUCCUUGUCUGCUUUACUGACCGCUCCCUCUUUACACCCUGAUCAACUCCUCAUUUUCUCCUGGACCUUUUGUGUUCGUCCCUCCGACUGGCGUCCACGCUUUUCUCGCUUUCCUUAAACGCAUGCGCAAGAUCGCCUCUGCGUUUGGCCCAUUCAAAGGUGGCACCCGAAAUUUUCGACAGUUCCGCGGCGCUAGAGCGGCUACGCAUACUGGAGGGUAUAAACUCGUAAGCGGGGCAUAGCCGUGACGACGUGGACCGUCGCCGGCGAGAGACACGAUGCCACUGCUACAACUACUGCCAUUUUCGGCCGUGCUGACCACCGCCGCCGUGGUCUCGGUCCCAGCACAGGAUGCGCUCGAUAUCUCUACGUUUCCGGUGCAGCAUUUGCCUCGCUAUCAGGAGGAAUCUGCCCUAACCCUGGCCGUCUCGGCUCCCGGUGGUGGUCCUUAUUUGACUUUUCCGAUCGUUCCAUUCACCCAAGAAGCCGGCUUGAAUGUCUCGCAGUCGCAGAGGGGGAUGGUCCGCAUAGAAGGUCAAAUGAUGGUGGCUACACAGCAAACAUAUGCUGAUUUGGUCUACUCGGACGCCGUCGCUUAUCUGUGCUGUGACCCUCUGAAUAACUCCAACGUCACACCCGAGAUGAUGCUCAGAACCAUCAUCGAGAAUCAGCCCAAGGCGGUAUUGCUGUACACCCAGCAGGGCAACUGCUGUAAUGUUACGGGGUUGCAAAGCCGAUCGCUCUAUCAGAAAGUGUUUACUAUGAUUGAUGCAACUGAGGCUUCGGCAACGCUGAAUCUGUCAACGUCGGCAAACGGCGCUCUGCAAGCUGUCAUCUCGGGAAAUUCGACACGGUCCAAUGGCGACGACCCCGGCCAGACUGGCAAUAACUCUGCCGUAGCUAUGAGCGUCCUCUACAGCAUCACCGGCCUGAUCACCUUACUGUUCCUCGUCAUAAUAGCAAUAGGAGCCGUCCGCGCGCAUCGGUAUCCGGAAAGGUACGGACCUAGGAAUGCACACGGCGGAAGGCCGAGUCAGAGCAGAGCCAAGGGCCUUGCACGCGCCGUGCUGGACACGCUACCAAUUGUGAAGUUUGGGGCGCCGGCACCGACCGAGGGGAAGCCUGACCCAUCGUUGGAACCCGAGGAUGGCGGAUUGGAGCCUGGCAAGAGGAACAUGUCUAUGAACCAUGUGCAAGUCCACCACCUUUCCACAAUUCCCGAAGAUGCGGAAGCCAUUCCGACGGUGACGAACUCUCCAAUGAGGGAAUCGCGCAUGGCUCCUGCCCAGUCGUGCGACGCUGCCACGGUAGCCCAAGGUCAGACAGAGCCACUAGGUGACGAGCACCUCGGGUGCUCAAUAUGUACAGAGGACUUUUUGGUCGGCGAAGACGUCCGCGUAUUACCGUGCGAUCACAAGUUUCACCCUUCCUGCAUUGAUCCGUGGCUGAUCAAUGUCUCGGGCACAUGUCCCUUGUGUCGACUUGAUCUUCACCCGCCUAAGAAUACUGAUGAAGAAGAGGAGGGCGACUCAACACAGCUCCCUCCCCCACUGGGAGCCGAUCCGGAAUUUGAAGUCGAUACACGCGCCACGAAUCGUGACAAUCGACGAUCGUCGCGGUUUUUUGACAUUCAUAGACUGAGACAUGCUUCAGCUGAAGAAAGAAUCGAGGCUUUGAGACGAUAUCGUAGAGAAUCACAGGAGGGUCCAGCUGCCAGCACAAAUGCUGACGAUGAGAACAGCCGCACCUCACGGCUGACUUCCCGCCUCAAGGAGAAAUUCAGGGUACGCACACGAGCGCAGCCACCUGGACAUCGGAGACCAGGGCCAACGUCUCAAGGACCAGGUCAAAUCCUCUGAUAUGUUUGACGAAACAAGAAAAUCAUGACCUAUGAUAUGACAUACGCGGUUGCUUGAAGAAUCGCCCUCAUUACGCUGCAUCGGAUACAGCCCAUUACGCAACAUGUUUCUUUUUUUUUCAGUACACGCCUCGAGAAGCCAUCCUCGUUAACCCAAAAGUACGGAUGAAGUCCAAGUAUUUGUUUUUACAAAGAUAUGACCCUGAAACCAAGCACUAUUUUAUGUUUGGGUUGGGACAGCAUUGCAAGGCGUUUUACACCAGGGUAAUCGGCAACCAGAGCAUAGUCUGGUACUAGGCUUUCCGAACUGCAUAAAAGCCAGAUCAUACAUUUAAUUGAACCGACGAGAACGGAAUUGGGAGUCUUGAGUCACUUAGCACCAUUGCCCAUUAAUAAACUCUGUUGGGGGUUAGCGUUCACAACUAUUAUCGCC